UUUUUUUUUUUGGUUUUCACACGACUCUUAUGCCACUCCCUCGUCGUCUCCCCCUUUUCCCAAAUCCUCGCCGAACCCUCAAAACCCUAAAAACCCUCCUCCUCGAUCCCCUCCUCCUCGAUCCCCUCCUCCGCCGCCUCCUCCUCCUGUUCCGCUCCUCCAUGGCCUCCGCCGACGCCCUGGAGCCCAACCGAGACGACGAUCGGAGGCCGUGGGAUCCCCCCUUCGAUCCCUCGGAGCCGUCGCUUCCCAUCUCCUACCCCAUCGCCGAUCUCCGUGCCCUAGAAUCGCGGUCCUACUUCGAGUCCUUCCACUUCCCCUUCAACAGGGCCUCCGCCCCCCUCCCUCCCUCCUCCGCGGCGGCGGCGGCGGUGGCGGCGCCGCUCCCUCCGCGGCGGAGGAUCCUCGUGUGCCACGACAUGAAGGGUGGGUACCGCGACGACGCGUGGGUGCAGGGAGGGAGCAACGCCGACGCCUACGCUAUCUGGCACUGGCACCUCAUGGACGUGUUCGUCUACUUCUCCCAUUACUUGGUUACGCUUCCCCCACCGUGCUGGACCAAUGCGGCGCAUACCCAUGGUGUCAAGGUUUUAGGUACAUUCCUCGCAGAAUGGGAUGCUGGUAAGGUAGUCUGUGAGACAUUGUUCGCGACAAAAAGUGCUGCUCGAAUGUAUGCUGAGAGAUUGGCAGAACUUGCCAGCGCUUUGGGUUUCGAUGGUUGGCAGAUCAAUUUGGAGGUUAAUCUGGACUCCCAGCUAAUUGAUAACUUGAAAGAGUUUUUGCAUCAUCUAACGGAGACUAUGCACUCUUAUGUUCCUGGAUCUUUGGUUAUAUGGUAUGAUGCUGUGACUAAAGAUGGUCAACUUGAUUGGCAAGACCAAUUGAAUGGGAAGAACAAACCAUUUUUUGAUUUGUGUGACGGCAUUUUUGUCAAUUACACUUGGAAUGAAAAGUACCCAGAGUAUUCAGCUGCUGUUGCUGGUGAGAGGAAGUUUGAUGUGUACAUGGGAAUUGAUGUUUUUGGCAGAAACACCUUUGGAGGUGGGCAAUGGAAUACAAAUGUGGCCCUUGAUUUACUGAAAAAGGAGGAUAUUUCAGCUGCUAUAUUUGCUCCUGGAUGGGUAUAUGAAACAAAGCAAGAACCUGACUUUCAGUCUGCACAAAAUCGUUGGUGGGGCCUCGUUGAACAAUCAUGGGGAAUACUUCAAACCUAUCCAAAAUUACUGCCUUUCUACUCAAAUUUUGAUCAGGGACAUGGUUAUUAUGUUUCUGUUGAAGGUGUGCAAGUAGCUGAUUAUCCAUGGACUAAUAUUUCUUGUCAAGGUUUUCAGCCUGCCCUCAAUUAUUUUGUAGAUCCAACUCAAACUUCUAUGCAAGCUUUCGUCAAUUUUAAGGAUGCACCUUAUAGUGGAGGGGGAAGCAUUACAGUCAAAGGAAAUAUUCAACAGAGCACUCUUUUCUCAACGCGGCUUUUUGUUGCAAAACUUCCUUUGGAGGAUUUACCCAUCUACAUUUCAUAUUCUGUGAAAUCUGAUAGGGAUUCUAUCCUAGCAUUGUGCCUCGAAUUAUCAUCCGAAACUGAUGGCGUAAUGUAUGCUCUCAUCACCAAUGAUGUUGACUCAUUCCCCUCUCUGGACCCCUCUAAAAGUCAAUACUAUAAAAUCAUUCAAGCAGAAAAGAUGGAGAGCCCAGGUAUCACAUCUUGGAUUCUUUACAAAGCAACUCUCCGCUUGGGUGGCUACACUCUAACUGGUAUCAAUGCCACAUGUAUUUUGAGAAGGCUAAAUCCAACCAAACCAGCAUCCAGAAAAAGCUUAGGUUUUGGAUAUCCUGAGGGAAUUAGCGAUGAGUCUUUCCCCUAUUGUGCAUCGAUUGGCCAUAUAAGCAUUAGAAAUUCUGAACAGAGCAUGCAAUUCCCUCAGGCAAAUGCAUGGGUUACCGAAGGCCAGUGCAUUUCAUGGGCCCCAGAUUCUAACGGAACUAGAAAUGUUAGUCUCAAAAUUGUAUGGAAAUUGGCGGAUGCAUAUACAGAUUCCUUCAUGAAGUAUAAUAUAUACGUCGAAAAGCAAAUGGCCAACUCUGGUGGGAACUCCGUGGAGAGAACAUAUCUUGGGGUUGCUCGAGUUGAGGCAUUUUAUGUAUCGGAUCUAGAUGUUCCAAGUGAAGUUACAUGUCUCAGAUUUAUCAUUCAAAUCUGUGCAUACGAUGGCAGUUGUCAGGAAAUUGAGAAAUCACCUACAUUUAUCUUAGACUGUUGAAGAAUACAAUAAUUUAGAUGUAACUGGUUAAAGCUAUACCAGCAGUGCAUGUUUUCAUUAUGUUGGUGAAAGCCCAAUGAUAUAGCAGGAGUGCAAAGCAACAACAUGACUUUUGUGAUAACCAAAGAGAGCCGCAAUACUGAAAAUUGUUAAGUUAUUUGAUUGUGUUGUUGUAUCACUAUAAUUGAAUCGUUAGAAUAAAUAAAAUUUGGUACAAUAUACAAUGUACUUUUAUCAA